CCUCUCAGGCGCAACGUUGAGGCUGGUGCUAUUGUUCGCCCGUAAGCCACAGCGGCUCGCUUGUAGUCAGCUAAUCAGCUAGCCAUUAAGUCGGUUAGGCGAAAGUGCUAACGUAGUGGCAGUGGCACCAGUGACGGAGUUGCCAUAGUGAUUGUUGCAAGAUUAUGACGAAGACUCUAGGCCACGACGUCGCCGCGAAGUGCGCACAACAGGCGUUUCAGAUGCAAGGCAAAUACGAGUCACACACUCACGAAUACGAACAGAAUGCAGGCUGCCGCUAACGUCGUCGCCAGCUUAGAUGCAUAUAGUAGCAAAUCGGUGAAUCAGAACAGCACGAGUAAUUGUUUAGCUUUUGCUGGUCGAGAAGUUUCGUUAACGCAACUGCAGCGGGGACAACAACAAUAGCAACAACAGUACUGGCGGCAAAGGCUGCCAAAGCAGCAGUGGCAAACGCUUUAAGAAAAGCACCUUAAAACAGCAAUGAGCCCGAAGAUGAUUCUAGCAGGUGAUCGCUGGCCGCGCACUUAGUAACUGCUACGUAGCAAGAGCAUACUGGUGUCACACUGGCUUACUAACCAGUUUACUGCUCGUGCGUGUCGGAUGGAUUACGCCCGCGAUUAGAACAAUGGCAUAAAUUUAUAGAAUUGGAGACAAACAGAACAGAAACUACUACUGCCCGUUAGUAGUAGAUGAAUUUACCGCCAAUGAACCAACAUCCGCUUUGCGAUAGUACAACAUCCUCACGCACACAAUACUGCGCCCAACUCCAGUGAAGGCGAAAUAACUUGCUACUAUCUCGUUAUUAUUCACCGUCAAUAAAACGUUUGUGUCAGGCCAAUAGGUAAAACGUAUCUUUGCACAUCAAGAGUUCAACAUUGCAUCGCGUCAAACACAAAUUCGGUCGUAUCUGUACAAAAAUUACAGACAAAAAAACACCAACAGUCGGAGUUAGCUAUUUUGCUAGAAGUUUUAUUACCUAAAUGAUUUAUCACGAAAGGGUGUGAACGUGUGUUGGGGCACUGGACAUUGCGCGUGCAGCACGAAUGAACACGUGUAUGUGUGUGUGUGUGUGUGUGUGUGUGUGUGUUUCUAACAAAAACACAAAGAGGGAAAACUAAGUUACUCUUGCCAACUGAACCGUGGAAUAUGUCACAGAAAUGAAGUUGUCAUGUAAAGAAAGGAGAAUACGCAAGCGUUUCGCGUAAGCGGAAUACCCUACGAGACCUUUCCCUGCGGAGCAGAAAGGGUCUCAAUGAAGCAAGGUCUUCAACGUAGUCGACAACGACGAAAAUGCAGUAUUUCGAUAAAAUCUGACAGAAACAAAAACGUAAACAUGCAAAUACGAAACCAUCAAAGGAAUCACCUAAAUCAACAGAACGUCACCAAUUUACCCUGUGAGUUACGAAAAGGUGCGCAGACUGAAACGGUCUAAAGAUAGAACGAACGAAGAUGUUUAUGUCAUCUGCUGCCUAAAUCGUUCUUUUUUUUUGGAAAUUUUUGCAAAAUACUUACUAAACGACGAUGGCGUGAUUGUUGUCUGUACUGACCGACAACAGGAAAACGCGCUGUUAGAGAGUGACCAUAACACCUGAACAGAACGGACUUCAAUGAAAGUUGUCGUUGUAGAAGCUGAAAUCUACAGCCAGGACCAUUACGAUCACCACUGUUCUAGUCGAGAAGAUAUCUAUAAAGUAGCCUCAGCUGAAAAGCAUCUGCGAAUUCCUGCCAAGGCCGUUUGGAUUGCCACGAGAAACACUCGUGCACAUACAAGGUGUUAAAAGUGAUUUCGGUUCGACGAGAAAAGUAAUGGCCACCUCAGCAGACGCGGCAUAUUUUCGCUAUCUUCACGGCGUUCACGCUGACGUUACAGGCAAAACGUCAACAGUUGCCGAGACUCUAAGCUUACCUGGAUCUCCAGAGCAAGGCUAUGAAGCCAUGGAAGCGCCCCAGCGGCACGUAAACUCGCCGUUUUCGUUCAGGUCUGAACUAGUUUGCGAUAGACGCGUGCGGCACCUGUCUUCAACAGAAGACGAGCCGAUCAGUCCGAGCGGAUGUGGUAGCCACUCGAAGGAGUCGUCCUCAUCGCAGACGCAUUCGUCCGCGAUUUUAGAGACGUUUCGCCCUCGGUCGAAGUCAGACUCAAAGGAACUCAUUAAACAUCACAAACCGCCAGCUAGCAACAUCAUGUCUGCCUUGAAGAAUUCAGUGCACACUCACAAUUGGUUUUCUACAAGUGGAGGCGGAUCCCUGAACGGGAGCAAUAGUCCAUCGAGCUCGCCAACCUACGAAAGUCCUCAUGGCCCUCUAAGCUUUUCGGGCCAUUCGGGAAAUCAGUCUCCCAGUACGCUAAUGUACCCAAGCUUCUCAGAUGGAUUUGACUACCGUCCUCAGCAGAGACCAAGGUCAGGAUCCGAAUCAAAAAGCGGUGCUGUUGCCAAAGUCAUGGACAUGUUCAGGGCUCGAUCUCAAUCGAUGAGUCUCACAACGGACGGCAAGGCCAAGAAGGUCUCACACAGUCAGUCGGCGUCGCUAUUUCGUAGACAUUCGAUUGAUCCAGAUCGGCGUCGCAACGGAGUAGGAGUGAUCCGCACUAGCGACCGCCUUCUCGAUAGUGGUUCUGUUGACCACGGCCAUCACACGGCACUAAUUUACAGGACCCAUUCGCAUGGUGCGGUUGGUCACGGCGCCGUUCGGGUUCACCGCCUGGAUUCCCAGAUGAGUGACGGCUACAGUCAAUUCGAUUCCUUAGCGUCAACGUCAGUCUACGGGUUGCUGCUGCUCUGCUGCUGCUGCUGCCGCCGCCGCCGCCGCCUCUUCAACCAGGUGCUAAAGGAAUAUGGACGAGACCGACGGUUAGCCCCUAUGAUACUUACCUCGUCAGACACGUCGAUCUGUGAGGAUCGAAUCGACAUUGAGGAUCUAGGAGCUGACGAAAGCCUCCUGUUCGUCAAAUUUUUCAGGUAUUAUCACUGCUAUGAUCUCAUACCGUUGUCAGCGAAACUAGUCGUCUUUGACACACAACUGCAAGUCAAAAAAGCGUUCUUCGCCCUCGAAUCAAAUGGAGUCCGUGCCGCGCCACUCUGGGAUUCCGCUCAACAGCAAUUCGUCGGCAUGUUGACCAUCAGCGACUUCAUUCAGAUGCUCAGAAAAUACUAUCGCAACCCGCAACUGCAGAUGGACGAGUUGGAACAGCACAAAAUUGAUACUUGGAGAACGGUUUUAACGAACAUGCAGCGUCUUUUGGUAUCGAUCGGGCCCGACGCGUCGCUGUGUGACGCGAUCAUCGCGUUAAUUCAUCAGCGGGUGCACCGGCUUCCUGUAAUCGAUCCGCAAACUGGCAACGUCCUCUAUGUGCUCACACACAAAAGAAUAUUGCGGUUUCUUUUCCUCUAUUUUUACGACUUGCCGCACUCAACUUAUCUGGACAAAAGCAUACGAGAGCUCAAUGUGGGCACCUUUGAGAAUAUCGCAACUUGCACACCAGAUACACCUCUGAUCGUUGCAUUGGAUACCUUUGUUGAACGGCGCGUGUCAGCUUUACCUGUGGUGGCUAAUGAUGGGCGAGUCGUGGACAUCUAUGCCAAGUUUGACGUUAUCAAUCUUGCAGCGGAAAAGACGUAUAGCAAGUUAGACAUGAGUGUUGGGCAAGCUCUAGAGUUCCGCAACGAAUUCUUCGAAGGCGUCCUCACGUGUUCCGCAGAUGAUUCUUUGUUAGAGUUAGAUAAAUACAUCAACCGCGUGAAGGAUUUUGGAAUUCAAGUUUACGGAACUGUCUGCGACCAGAGCAGCCCUGAGGUGAUGAAAAAAAUCGUGGUAGCAGAAGUUCACCGACUCGUGAUUGCUGAUGACAAUGGAUGCUGCGUUGGCAUAGUCUCGCUUUCCGAUAUUCUCUUAUUCCUAGUGCUCAACCCACUUGGUAUGGAGCGACCAGCGUCACGAGCUUACUUGAUGCGCACGACUUCGUCAGAACGAGAAAACGGACCAGUGGCUGAAGAACCCGAACUCGAGGCAACCGCAAAUGCCUUCGGGGAGCAGGCAGUUGUGAAUAGUUGGCGACGCAGUAGUACAUUAGACGACACUGAGCUCCGUAGUUCAGUUGAUUUGCCACUCGAAAUGCCCGGAUCCCUCUUCUGAAGUAUCGUAAUUUUCUGACGCAGACUUCGCAGAAGGUAGUCGCACAGGAAAAAUCUAGUGGCGUCAGUUCUGAGGAACGGGCAGGGUAUUCUAUAUCACUACUUUGUCCAGCCCAUCUGUUCUUCUGGAAGAUUCUCAUCAAGAUAUCCUCUUACGAUGCGUUUGAUUGGAUUUAAAAUUCGUCAUCUUCGUUAAAGUGCGCUAAAACAGAUUAGUGCGCAAAAUCCAAGUGAUUGGCACCAGUGUGUGAAUUUUUUUGGAACACCCUGUGUAUGUAGUGUAAAAAAAUGUGCUCUAUGGAUGUAAUUCUAAUUAAUUAAACCAGACUCAAUCCUAUGUGUAGUAUAGAAUAGGUUUAAAGGAUUAGUUCAAGGGAUACGGGAAUACGAGCUGAAGGAUAUGAUGACGUCAUAUAAGGUGACACCAUGAACAUCUACUAACUGUUAAUAAAAACGUUACACUGUACUUUAAUCUAUAUUGUAAGUGAUACGUUAGCAAACGCAACCACAGCGAGAAAUUGUAUGUAUAGUAUUACAUAAGAGUACGUCUGUGAAAGGGGCAUUCGUGAGAUGAAUACGAGUUAAUGAUGAGACUAUGGUAACUAACGGAGUGAUACAAAGGGAAGAUACAGGGUGCGCGUGUCAUAAUGUCAAACAAGUCUUCUGCAGAUCAGAUUGCGUAAAAGCAGGGCUUACAUGAAAAAAGUACCAUAGUUCAUUUUAAUUAUAUGCAAUAUUUUAAACAGGACUUUAGAGCUAGAAAUACGUCCGUCUAUGAAGCAGUGAAGAGCCUAUAUAUGUAUUAUUAAAAUGCCAGUUAUAAUAAUAAUUGAAAAUGACUGUAAUAAGGAGAAGAUAAAUCAUUAAAUGUUUAUUCUUUGAUGAGAAUGAGAAGACACUAAGAGCUAAUAGAGGCAAAUGCUAUCAUUAAAACUUCGAGUGAGGGUGAAGAUUGGAUGAUCGUGACCAUACCUACCACGCCUACACUAAGAUAUUAAUCACCCUUUACUGAAUGAUCUUUUUUUCGUCUUACUGAUAGUUAAUGCUAUUGGACUAACGGAACAGAUGUGUAUAGCGGAAUCAUUACGCUACCGCGGAUGUAAUUAUGAUGGCAUUUUUUUUGGCUGUAAGAAUAAUUUUCAGAAAGUAAAUAAAUAUAUAUGACGUUAUCAAAUCGA